AUGGAGAACACAUCGCUCUUCGACGUCACCGGCAAAAUUGUCCUCGUCACCGGCGGAGCCAAAGGCAUCGGUCGCAUGAUCUCCCAAGGCUUCGUACAGAACGGCGCAACAGUGUACAUUUCGUCUCGCGAUGCGAAAGCCUGCGACCAGGCAUGCAAAGAGCUCAAUGCGCUCGGGAAGGGAAAAGCGGAUUUCAUCACAGCAGAUCUCUACAAGGAAGAAGAAAUAACAAAACUCGCAGCGGAGUUGAAGAAGAGGGCCGGCAAACUCGACGUACUGGUUAACAACUCCGGCAGCAAUUGGGGCGAACCAUACGACACUUAUCCCUCCGCCGCAUGGGACCGCGUCCUGAACCUCAACUUGAAGCGCGUCUUCCAGCUUACGCAAGCUGUGACGCCCCUCCUCGAAGAAGCUGCCACAUCGACCUCGCCAUCGCGUAUAAUAAAUAUCGGCUCUGUAGAUGGACUGCGUGUCCCCGCUCUGGAGACGUUUGCGUAUUCGGCAUCUAAGGCGGGACUGCACCACCUUUCCCGCGUGUUGGCAUCGCAUCUUGGCAAGCGCAAUAUCACAAGCAACACGAUAGCGUGCGGGCCGUUUCAGAGCAAGAUGAUGAAGGCGACAUUAGAGCAGUUCAAGGAUGUGAUUGAGGGUAGCAUACCGCUGGGGCGGAUAGGAAGCCCUGAGGAUGUUGCUGGGACGUGUAUAUGGUUGAGCAGUCGGGCGGGGGCCUAUGUGAAUGGAGCGACAGUUGCGCUGGAUGGAGGAAGCUUGGUGGGGUCGAAGUUGUAG